GGAGGGAGGAACAGUUUGAAGAGCUGGGGUGAAGUUAGAGUCCUGCAGUUACUCAGAUAGCAGCUGACACAGAUAGAGAAAGUCCAAAGUAGAAUAUAGAUUAAUUAAAAAAAAUCAGGAAUAUGUACUAAAAACCUUCUGGAUUUAAUUUUGUCCUUUUAAUUCAUUUAUUUUUUCAGUUUUCUCCACUUCUUUUGCUUUUUGUUGUGUUUUUCCAGCUGUCAAGAGAUUUUUUUUUAGUGUGUUAGUGUGUUUGUGCAUGUGUGUGUGUGUGUGUGAUAUAAGUAAGUCAUGGAGCUGGAGCGUUUAGGUGGCGGUGGAGUAAAACCCGAGAGGGGCAACACUCGUCUCUUCAAGAUCGCCCUGGCCAUGUGUGUGUGUCUCUGUGCCGCUCUGCUGCUCGCACUCAUACUGGUUUCCCAAAAGUCCAGCGGGGAGGAGUUCUGUCUGACGCCAGAAUGCAUCGAGGCAGCCGGCUCCAUUCUAUCUAAAAUUGAUCGGGCAGUGGACCCCUGUGAGGACUUCUACAGCUUCUCCUGUGGAGGUUGGCUGAAGGACAAUCCCAUCCCUGAAGAUUCCUCCUCGUACGGCAUCUACCCCUGGCUGCGGCAGCACGUCGACCUCCAGCUCAAAGAGUUACUGGAAGCUCCAUCCAACCCCGAUGAACUGGAGGCAGUGACCAAAGCUAAGAUCCUCUACCGCUCCUGUUUGAACGAGACCAUGCUGGAGAAGAUGGACACCAAACCGAUGCUGAAAACGCUCAGACAGCCGGAGUUCCGUUGGCCCGUGGUCGGGGACGGGCUCGGCGGCGAGUACGAGUGGUCGGCAGCUCGGUGGAGCCUCCUGAAGACUCUGGCUCAGAUGAGGAACCAGCACAGCAAGAGCGUCCUGCUCCGCCUGUACGUCUCGCCUGACGACAAGAACUCCUCCAAGUACAUCAUCAAGCUGGACCAGGCGUCCUUGUCUCUGCCCUCGAGGGAAGACUACACCACCAACACGUCCUCUGCCCAGGCCUACCGUGCUGCCUUGCUCAGCCUGAUGACGGACACGGCCGUCAUGCUGGGCGCUCCAGAGUCGUUGGCGAGGACCCAGAUGGAGAAGGCGCUCGCCUUCGAGACCAAACUGGCUCAUAUCCUGAUUCCCUACGAGAACCGCACCAGUGAGAACAUGUACAACAGAUACUCGUUGUCUCGCCUGCAGCGCUCCGUGCCACAGUUCGACUGGCUGGGUUUUGUAAAAGCGGUGGUGGAGUCUAGGAGCGACCCGACUCGCUCCAUCUCCUCCUCCGAGCCCGUCAUCGUCCGAGCUCCUCAGUAUUUCAAGGAACUUUUCAAGCUCAUUAACGCCACAGACCCCAGGACCGUAGCGAACUACGUGCAGUGGAGGACGGUUUUCUCCAGGAUCACGACUCUGAGUCGUCGUUUCCUCUACAGAUACCUCGACUACGCUCGGAUAACCACAGGAACCACCUCUCUCACCCCGCGCUGGGACAAGUGCGUGAACUACGUGGAGAACUCGCUUGUUUACGCCAUCGGACGCCUUUUUGUCGACACACACUUCCAGGAGGACAAGAAACACAUGAUGGAGGAGCUGAUCGGGGGCAUUCGCUGGGCGUUCAUCGACAUCCUGCAGAAAGAGAACGAGUGGAUGGAUCAGUCGACGAAGACGAGAGCCGUAGAAAAGGCUCACGCCGUCCUGGCAAAGGUCGGCUACCCCGAGUUCAUCCUGAACGACACCUACCUGAGCGAAGACCUCAAGGAGCUAAAGUUCAAUGAGAUGGAUUAUUAUGGCAACGUGAUGCAGACGCUGAAGUUCAUCGCCCAGUCCGAUGUCACCUGGCUUCGAAAGAGCGUCCCACGUACAGAGUGGUUUACAAACCCAACGACUGUGAACGCCUUCUACAGUUCAUCCACCAAUCAAAUCCGAUUUCCUGCUGGAGAGCUGCAGAAACCUUUCUUCUGGGGGAGAGAGUAUCCGAGGUCUUUAAGUUACGGGGCCAUCGGGGUGAUCGUGGGACACGAGUUGACUCACGGCUUCGACAAUAACGGUCGUAAAUAUGACAGGAAUGGGAACCUGGACCAGUGGUGGAGCAACUCGUCCAUAACAGCCUUCACUGAGAAGACCCAGUGCAUGAUAGACCAGUAUAACGGCUACCUCUGGGAGGAGGCCGGCCUGAAUGUUCGGGGGAAGAGGACUUUGGCAGAAAAUAUAGCCGACAAUGGAGGAAUAAGAGAAGCGUUCAGGGCGUACAGGAGGUGGGUGGAGGAGAGCAGAGGUGGUGUGGAGGAGCCUCUGCUGCCUGGAGUCGGGCUGAACAACAACCAGCUGUUCUUCCUCAGCUACGCACACGUGAGAUGUAACUCGUACAGACCGGAAGCAGCAAGGGAUCAGAUCCAGAGCGGAGCCCACAGUCCGCCCAAAUACAGAGUUGUCGGAGCCAUGAGCAACUACGAGGAGUUUCGGAACGUGUUCAGCUGCCCGGAGGCGUCCGUCAUGAACCGAGGAGCACAGUCCUGCCGGGUGUGGUGACCUCUGACCUCUGACCUCAGCCUGACCCCUGAACCUGGAUGUGAGCAGGAGGCCUGUGUUGAAAAGGCUGAACGUAGCCUUUAGUUUGCAUGAUGUGAGUUAUUCUCUGAACUCAUAGACAUGUUAGGAACUGAAGCCAUUUUACAGGAACUUUCACUGCACAUGUUGCAGCUAUGACAUUUGUCAGUCAUAGUUUAUCAAUUAUGUUUGGCAAAGAUAUUUUUUUUGCAAGCUGUUGAUUUCUAUAACAACAGAUGUUCAGGACAUGCACUGUAAGUGUGAGUAGAUAAAGGCUGAGCCUCUCCUAUGGGAAUAAAGAAGUUAUACAUCAGGGUGAAGGUUCAAUGGCUAUAUAUAUUUUUACAGGAACAUAUAUUCCAGAUGUUACAGUAGUUGUGAGAAGCAAAAAUAUAUCAGGUCAACAUCUGUAGACGUAUUUAUAAGCGGCCUAGUCAAUGGAUUCCCAGCAUCCGUCAAACCAAAGACUAAAUCUAAAAAAUAGGAAAUAUCUUUUAAACCUUAUAUUUAGAUUUAAAUAAUUGUGAAAGCCUGAUUCAUGACAGUGUACGAGAAAAGCAGUUUGUUCAUUUCUGACACGUAAUAUGAGGCUUAAUGUGAUAUGUACUUUGUGUGUGUGUGUGUGUGGGGGGGGGGGGUGGCUCUUUUGAUAAGUCCUUGGUUUCCGCUGGACUUUGUUUGUCGGCCUCAGUUCAGCCUGAAGCUGCUGAACUCUCAGAAUCUUGGGAACUCGACUAACGAGAUGAACUCCGCUCGUUUGUCUUCACGUCUGUGGCACUGAACUGAAACUGCAGACGCACACGUCCUUGAGUCACUUGAUGUUUCUCUGGAGUCCUGGAGGGAUUUUUACCAGAUUCAACAAGUUAGUCAGAAAAUUACAAUAGGCUCUAUCGUUUUAAACACUUUUUUUUUAUUUUCUAAAUCAAAUUUCCAGGUUGUUUUGUGUAUUUCAGUGAUUGUCACCGUGUUUUUCCACAUUUGAUUGAUUCAGUUUUUUUCUCAUUGUCGUGAUUUAAUGAAAAACCUUUUGUCCGGGUUUAUUUUGGCCGCUGCUGAAGUGUCACUCAAACCGUUUGCUCCAGCUCUUCAUUAAUUCAAACGUAGAAUAGUUAUUAUUAUUUAUGUGCUAUUGACAGAAUAGCAACGCUGUCGUUUUGGAUUUUCGAUUAAACAAUUAAUUGAUUAACGAGAUCUCUGGCAAUUAAUACCAAUCUUUGAGAUUUAUUUAACGCCUGCAAAAUAACAUGUGUGUGCAUUGAAAAUAAACUGAAACCACUGUAGGAUAUGUUACAGAAUCUUAGUUUUUUUAUUUACAUUUUAUUAUUUUUAAAUGUUUUCUUUGUGUAAUAAGGACGAAUUAUUACCCUCUCUGUUCUUGAACCUAUUUGCGUGUGUGUUUCUUGUGAUCUUGGUUCAUUGUGUGUCCGUUUCUUUCUCUGAGUGUCUCAAUAAAACUCUCGCGCUCUCCCUUCA